AUGCCUCAGCUGGAGAUGACGUUGAACGCCAUGACGGAGACGCUGCUUGUCGGAAUGGUUGUCGGACAGGAGCCAGAGCGAGCGGCGCGCGGGGGUCUGUCGCUGAUGGCCUGCAAGACGACGGGGGAGACGCUGGCCUCCAAUGAAUUAGAGGUCGACCCCAAUAAUGUGGCCCUGAAGAUACACGCCCUCAUCCCAGAGAGCGAAGUGGAUCUCAAUCACGCCGAGCUGGACGUUAAGGCCAACGUGUUCACCAAGAACCCGUACCCGUCCAGUGACUUGUCCUCCUAUGACAUCACGUCCCCUGUGGUCAAGCUGGACGUCCGAGGUAAGAACGGCACCGUGAGGGUGAACAAGCUGACCGUCACCAUCAAGCGAGGCUCUAAGAUCGACAUUCCAGCCAUGGAGACCUUUUCGUCCAACGACACUCAUCAAGGCCCCAAUAACUUGCUGUACCACCGACUGCCGCUGACCUCCCCUCACUCAGCCAUCAUUACCUACAUCAAACUUCCGCCGGAUAUGGAAGCCGUCACCGCCUACUUCCGCCUUGGCAAUCUGUCUCUAAACAACAAGAUUAAGAAGCUAUUUAAAUUCAGUGUGGAGGCAGGAUUCUUUACCCAAGGCAUUAUCUUUGUGGGUUUUCUUGUAAGCGGAGACAACAACGACACCUACACGUACGAGUACCUGUCCUUCAUUGACAGCUGUCGUGUCUGGGACGAGGAGAACCGCAAAUGGUCCCCCGCCUGCAAGAUUUCAGACUUGUCUAGCCUCGAGAAGACGGUUUGCGAGUGUGAGAAUCCACCCGGAAUGACGUUUGCCAGCUCUUUCCUAGUGCCACCCACUACCAUCGACUUCAGACUCGCCUUCUCCAAGUUCGACGUCAACAACGCCUGGGUGUACGGCACGAUGAUCGGCCUCCUGCUGGUCUGGGUGCUCGGCGUCCUGUGGGCUCGUAGACAGGACAAGGCCGACAGGGAGAGGUGGCAGGUAGGUUUCUUGACGGACAACGUUGUGGGCAGCAGCUACUUCUACCUGCUGACCGUCCACACGGGCCUAAAGCGAGGCUCUGGCACCAAGUCUAACAUCAGUUUCGUCAUCACCGGCUCCCAGACAGACUCCGGCGUCCGUGGACUGACAGACGGCAAAAGGUCACUGGCGACUGGCAGCGUGAUGAGCUACAUCAUGGCCACCAGCACGUGUCUGGGCGACUUGGACUACAUGCGAGUGUGGCACGACAACUCUGGGGGAUACCAAGCCUCCUGGUACCUGAGCAGGAUGAGCGUAGAGGACCUACAGACGGGUCAGAGGUACAUGUUUGUGUGCGAGCGAUGGUUCGCCAUGGACAAAGACGACGGCCUUGUGGACCGCUUGGUGCCCCUGGCGCAGCAGGACGAGGUGAUGUCGUUCGACAAUCUGUUCUCGGAGUUCACUAAGCUCGGGCUGACGGACACUCACCUGUGGUUCUCCUGCUUGCUACGACCCGCACCCAGCGCCUUCACCCGCGUGCAGCGCCUGUCGUGCUGCGUCGUGCUGCUGCUGCUGACUAUGAUCACCAGCGCCAUGUUCUACAAGCCUGAGGACAACGAGACCGGCGCCAGCACCAAUUCCAUGGGCCUGGAAGUGAAGAUUGGCAUCAUGAGGUUUUCACCGACGACCUUGUGGACAUCCUUCGUGUCCAUUCUCAUCACCUCCAUCCCCACCUCGCUGUUUGUUGUCAUGUUCCGCUACAGUCGGCCCAAACCAGGGCCUCGGGCCCGGCCCACUACACGUCAACACAACCAAAACUUAGAAGCCAGCGAAGAAAGCAACAAAUUGGAGCAAAAAGACAAGAGCGGACAAGCGGAGAGGAGCGUGGCAGACCUUCCAGAAAAUAAACUGCAGGAAAACCCGCUUCCUUAUUACUGUCGCUACGUCACCUGGCUGAUACUUCUGACGACGGCGGCAUUGUGUGCGUUCUUCUUGGUGAUGUACAGCAUGCAGUGGGGCAAGACCACGUCAGGGGAGUGGCUCACCUCCUUCUUCGCUUCUUUCUUUGAGAGCAUCUUCGUAGUCGACCCUAUCAAGGUGAUCGCAAUUGCUCUCCUACUGGCUUUCUGCGCCCAGAACCCUUACAAGGACACUGCCCACAAGGAGCACGUGGACAUGGAAUGUAUGCUUGAAGAGGCCAAAACGCUGGGCGUGGAUGAUGCUGGUCUUCCCGCCAUCCCUCCAGACCCGGUGCCACAGAAAGUUCUGUUGAAAGCUCGACGGCGGCGAGAACAGGAGCAGACGUCACAGCGCGUCUUCUUUGAACUGCUGCUGUACACCUUCUUCGUCUUCUGCGUCUUCUGUCUGUCCUACACCAACCGCGACGAGAACUCCAACCGCAUGUACCAGCACCUGAGUAACAUGUACUUUGACUCAAAACGGAACUUAAAGAAUCCCCCGUUUCUAUUUGAAGAUAUCAAAGGCUACGAUGGCGUCAUGAAGUGGCUCAACGACACCAUGAGGCCGACGCUCUUCCCGCGCGUGGACACGCAAGGCAACACGCUGCAGCAGGGCGAGCGAGUCUUCACCUCUGACCCCGUCACCUUUAGGGUCGGUCCUGUUCGGGUCCGCCAGCUCAGGAUGCCUGUUCUGCAAAGGAAUAGGGGAAAUUAUCCUCAGCUCAUUAACUCACGUCACUACGUGCCCCCGUACAAAUGGGAGGAAGAAGAGAGGGGAAGAUUCUGUGUCGGUUGGAAGUCCUUGACGUGUUCUUACGACGACCUGGAGACCAGGCUGAGCCGCGUAGCCUGGACCUACCAGACCCUGAGUGAUGUGUCCGUCCUUCCGGUGUGGGGAGAGUACUCCACCUACAGCAGUGGCGGCUACAUCAUGGACUUCUCUGUUAACUGGGAUGUGGUGUCCGACACGCUGGAAGAGCUGCAGGACGGGGCGUGGCUGGACAAUCAGACUCGCGCUGUCUUCGUGGAGUUCUCCCUCUACAACCCCGACAGCAACCUCUUCGCCUACAUGCGACUGGUGGCGGAGUUCCCGGAGACAGGAGACACGCUGGUGUGGAAGGACAUCAAGAUCCUGCGCAUUGACCACCAUAUGCAGGCAGCAGACCUCUACAUCCUUAUUGGCGAAAUCAUCGCAGUUGUCGCCGUCAUCAUCUUAACUGUCGUAAUCGUCGUUAAACUGAAAAAGCAGAAGCUUAGUUUCUUCAGUGAUUUCUGGCAGGUGCUGGACGUAUGCACUGCCUUGUGUUCUUACGUUGCUAUUACGUUCUACGCCAUCAAGUACCUGACGGUGAACGACUCCAUGGCUGCCUGGCGUCAGAACCCUAAGGCGUAUGUGGACUUCUACCAAGCUGCCUUCUGGGACGCCCUGUACGGCUACAUGUUGGCGGCCGCCGUUUUCAUCACCACCCUCCGCCUGCUGCGUGUCCUGGGCUACAACAAGCGGCUGACCGCCAUCGGCACGGUGCUGUCCAUGUCCGGCAGGGACCUGCUCGGCUUCUCUGUCGUCUUCCUCGUCGUCUUCGUCGCCUACCUGUCAGCGGGCUACUUGAUGUUCAUGACUUCGCAGAGAGACUUCCGGUCACCGUGGCACUGCGCGCUGGCGCUGUACCAGAUCCUGCUGGGCAGAAAUGUCCUGAGCAUCAUCUCGGUGGACGGAGUUCUCUUCGCCUGGAUUUAUUUCAUCUCCUUCAUCGUCCUCGUGUUCCUUAUUCUCAUGACGAUGUUUCAGGCCAUCCUGUGUAACACCAGCAGCAUCGUCCAAGCAGACCUCAAGACAGUGCCGCCCCCAUACGGCCUGACAAACCUCUUCGUCAAGUUCUACCACUCGGCCAUCGUUGACUGGCUGCCUCCCUGGCUCCUGGCUCGCAGAGCGAAAGCGGCAGCUUCCACUGAUUCAGGCCCUUUACAAAGUGAAGCUGGGAAGAAGACGCAGCAGCAAGACGAGCGCGUGCAAGGUGUGACGCAAGAGUGUUGCCGGAGGUGUUGCAGCACCUGGACAAAGUAG